AUGGCUCCUUCAAAGAAGGCUUCGACCAAGAAGGUCGAGAAGAAAACCACCACUCUCCCUCCCCAGCUGCUCGGCGCUGUCGCAUCUUUCCUGUCCAAGAAUGGAUUCUCCGCUACCAGCACUGCGUUCGCUGACGAGCUGAAGAAGAAUGGCAACGCCAAUGCCGAUGCCAAAAACGCCCCGUCUCUGAUCGAGCUUUUCCAGACUUGGGACAAGACUUCCGGCGACUCAAGCAGCAGCUCCGAGAGUGACAGCAACUCCGAUUCCAGCAGUGACAGCGACAGCGAUGCUAGCGACUCCGACGUCAGCAUGGGAGAUGCUCCCAAGGCUCGCUCUUCAUCUCCUUCUUCCUCUUCCGCCUCUUCGAGCUCCGACAGCGACGCUGAUGACGAGGAGGAAGAUGCUGCGGCUCCUACUCCUGCGCCUGCUGCUAAGAAGCCCACCGGUGUAAAGCGCAAGGCUGAGUCUAGCAGCUCCUCCUCCGAUUCCAGCUCGGAUUCCGAGUCUGAGGAUGAGGCUCCCAAGACGAAGAAGGCCAAGGUCUCCAAGGCCGAGUCUUCGUCUGACUCUAGCUCUGACUCUUCUUCCGACUCCGACUCUAGCUCUAGCAGCUCCUCCAGCUCCAGCUCUAGCUCUGAUUCCGACUCCUCUGACUCCUCUGACUCCUCCGACUCUGAGUCUGAGGGCGAAGCCACCAAGAAGGCUGACGCCAAGGUUCUGAAGAAGGCCACAAAGACCCCGCUUCCUGAGUCUUCCAGCUCCAACAGCUCCAGCUCUUCCUCGGAUGACAGCUCUGACAGCUCUGAUGAGGAGAAGGCUGGCGGCGUCCCCGUCUCCAGCAACUCCUCUUCCGAUACCAGCGCAACCAUGUCUGCCUCUCCCGCUGCCGAGGGCAAGCCUACACAAGCCUCUUCCUCCAGCGCCAGCCCUGCACCUGGAAAUGGACCGGCCAAGAAGAAGCACGUUGGCGCCCGUCCUACCCCUCUGGCUGCUCUGAGCCAGCAGCCCUAUGACGCGAUCUCCAACGAAUAUGUUCCCUACGCCUACGCUGAACGCGCCUACGCCGAUCUCUCGGUAACUCGCGGCAAGGGAUUCACCAAGGAGAAGAACAAGAAGAAGCGCGGCUCCUACCGUGGUGGCCCCAUCGACAUCUCGGGCGGCAAGUCCUUCAAGUUCGACGAUUAA